UCUGUGAUCAAGUGUGUGAAUAUCAUAAAUAAAUUAAAAUAAAAACGUAUUUUUUAUCCAAAGUCAAAAUGGAACAUUUAAAUAUGGAAAAAGUAAACUAGUUUGCGGCGGAUGAUGAAAUAGUUUUCUGUACUGAGUUUUGUUCAACUGAUAUCAUAUCCUAUUUAUCUAAGUUUGAUAUUAGAUUAUAACAAUAAAGUGAAAUAUAAAAGUAAAUAUUUUUUUAUUUACGUCUUCUGUGGUAAAAAAAUUGUGUUACUAUGAAAUACAGAAACAAAAACCAAUGUUGUGAAAGAAAAUCAAAUAAAUCCAUUAAUCCAUUAAUUAAUAGACGUCAACCUGAUCCAUUGCAAUAUGUAUUUUAUGCUAUACUUAAUACUGAUUUACAUAUGAAUCAAGGAAUAGCAGCAGCAAACAUAGCAACUGGUUUAAUGUUCCUUUAUGAUAAAUUGAAAACUAACAAUGUGAAAUGUCAAUAUAUUGAUUAUUGGAAAAGAAAUGGACAAAGAAUAAUAAUUCUAAAAGGAUAUGAUCAUAAACAUUUGAAAUACCUUCAAGAAGAAAUAAAAUUUCUAGCACUUGGAACAUAUGUGGUCCGACAUAAGUGGAGUCGCAAUAGUACAAUCAAAGUAUUAGUAGUUUUUGGACAAAAGGAACAUUUGCAAGAGGUUUUCGAAGGAUUAAGUUAUUUACGAUGAUAGAAAUUGAGAAAAGAAUAAAUCCGUAA